UAUCUAGAUUACAUUAGUGUGUGUUGUGUGUGUGUUGUGUUGUGUGACUGUCUCCAGGGAACAUAAUGUGUCUGCUGCUGUAGAAGAGUAGAAACAGGAAGCUGUAUUUGAUUUAAAGCAGAUUUUAGUAACUGCGAAUCUAGUUAUUAUAUAUUAACACUGUAAUAUACACACUGUCCUUGUUGACGGCGGUUCAGCCUUAUCAUUGACCCACUCGUGUCAUGUGGAGACAUAAUAUGUUACGUCUGACCGUGACGAUUAUACUGGCCAGAUGUAGCUGACUGACUGAAACCGGUGAACCGACAACUUCUUAUUCAUACCAAUAUAAUACACUAGGAUGACGCAAGUCAGGUGAUUUCCCAUUUAAGGAGCUGUAUAACGGUGUUUGAGGUCGAGCGACAGCAGCGUCAAGCCAGCGGCGGUGGACGUUUCUCCGCCUGAAGCAGCACCGGGAGAGCAGGACGGGAGCCGCGAUCCGGCAGCGGGAGUUCCCUUCUGAUGGAGGCGGUUAACGGACAGGAGACAGCAGCACCGAGAGCAUCGACCCGGGAGACCACGGGAGAAUAAAGACGGUUCCGUUGUCCUAGGAAUAGAGGCUCAGACGGCGUCGUAAGGAAAGGUCACCAUCACCCCAAAGCCUCCUGCCUCUCCACUGUUAGCUCUGUGUGUGUCUUGGAGGGAAGGUUGUGUAGCCUCCUCUCCUCUCCUCUCCUCUCCUCUCCUCUCCUCUCCUCUCCUCUCCUCUCCUCUCCUCUCCUCUCCUCUCCUCUCCUCUCCUCUCCUCUCCUCUCCAGGUGUGUGUAGCGUGUGUUUUGCAAGAAGAGUGUUAGGAGUGUGUAUUCCUUUGCGUGUGUGUGUGUAGUGUACCAUAAUGAGUACAGCAGGAGUGGAGCGACGGAGGCCAACCCCAGCACAGACCCCUGAGGAGAGAGAGGGCAGUGUAGUGCAGAGUUAUAGCUUCGACUCGUACCAGCUGGAGGAAGAGGAGGGGACCAAGGGAACGCCGGAGAGAGGGGUGCUGGCCCUGUCAGAGCCGGCCUUUGAGGAGCCAGUCCCUGAUGACCGUUACCAUGGUAUCUACUUUGCGAUGCUAUUGGCUGGCGUGGGCUUCCUGCUUCCCUACAACAGCUUCAUCACCGACGUGGAUUACCUUCACCACAAGUUCCAGGGAUCCUCCAUAGUAUUUGAUAUGAGUCUGGUGUAUAUCGUGGUGGCUCUGGUCGCAGUCAUACUAAACAACAUCCUGGUGGAGAGAAUCAGUCUACACACACGAAUCACCGUGGGUUACCUGUUUGCUCUGAGUCCGCUGGUGUUCGUCAGCGUGUUUGAUGUGUGGUUGGAAUCCUUCACCACCAGACAGGCUUACAUCGUCAACCUCUUCUCUGUUGGGGUGGUCGCCUUCGGAUGUACAGUGCAGCAGUCCAGUUUCUAUGGUUACAUGGGGAUGCUGCCCAAGAGAUACACACAGGGGGUGAUGACUGGAGAAAGUACAGCAGGUGUAAUCAUCUCUCUGAGUCGUAUCUUCACUAAACUCAUGAUCAGUAACGAGAGGAUAAACACACUCAUCUUCUUCCUGGUGUCCAUCACCAUGGAGAUGCUCUGCUUCCUUCUCCACCUCAUUGUCCGUCGCUCACGAUUCGUCCGUUACUACACAGGCCCCACCCACCGGGGUCACAGCCUGGGGAAAGGUCAUGACAUCGGGUCGGAGGUCAGCGGGACAGGAUACAGGGUUCACCACGACGUCACUACAGAGGAAGGUAACGGAGUGGUGGCGACGACGUCGCCAUCUGAUGACGUCACAGAUGAGUUCACAGGAGGGACGUACGUUCGGUUUGGAGUUCCUAAAGACAAGAUCCGGAGAAGCUGGCCUGGACUACGAGAUAUGUUUCUUCACAGGUACAUCGUUGCCAGAGUGAUCUGGGCCUACAUGUUGUCUAUAGCAGUGACCUAUAGCAUCACUCUGUGUCUGUUUCCUGGUCUGGAAUCAGAGAUACGCAACCCAACCCUGGGGGAGUGGCUACCUAUACUCAUCAUGGCCACAUUCAACAUGGCCGACUUCGUAGGCAAGAUCCUGGCUGCGUUGCCCUAUGAGUGGACGGGGGGUCACCUGCUCCUCUUCUCCUGCCUGCGGGUGGUCUUCAUCCCUCUGUUGGUGAUGUGUGUGUACCCCUCCUCCACCCCAACCCUGUCCCACCCCGCCUGGCCCUGUCUCUUUUCUCUCCUCAUGGGCGUAACCAACGGUUACUUUGGAUCAGUUCCCAUGAUACAGGCUGCUGGGAAGGUCCCGCCGGAACAGAGAGAACUAGCAGGUAACACUAUGACUGUAUCGUACAUGACAGGUUUGAUGUUGGGAUCAGCUGUGGCCUACGCUGCCUAUAGCUUCACUGCACCGGGCUCAAACACACACACACUCACCAACAUCACCACAGGGUAUUGAACACACAUACACACGCACACACACACACACAUCCCUGCUCUGCCCGGGAGACGACGUGAACAGAACCUCUGAUCAGCUUUAUGCUCUGCCUUGGAGACGACGUGAACAGAACCUCAGACUCUCAUACACGCCGACUGACACUCCUGUGACAUCACCUGUGUGACAGCUAUGACACGAUGCAUGACAUGACCCUUGCCAUUCCCGUCAGUGUUCUACCGCGGGUCGAGAUGCGGAACCUACCAGAAGUCGGUCUUUAUUCUUCAGGGUUCAUGUCAAUAUAAAAGUUGUGAAUGUAAAACAUAUUAAAUACAAUAUCUAACCGACAAACAUUAAAUAAAAUCACGUGUCUAAACCUG